UGAGUAUAUUAUUUUUGAAAAAUCUUUUUUCUUUUGGACAAGGAAUCUCGCCUACAAUUAGAAUUUGUAAAUGAUUCGUUGUGGGGAUUUUACGAAAUAUAGGUUGUGCAUAAACUGCACACUCCAUGAAUGACAACCGACAAAAACUAGGCUGAUUGGAGGUAUUUUGCCUUUGAUCUGGAGUAUUAUUUUUGGCAAGACAAAUCAAAUAUACGACAGAAACUCCGAUUCCUAUUCUAAUCCUAUUUUCAUUGCGCUUGAUGUUUUAUAUUCCCAAGCGAGUUGAGUUGGUGUAAAGUAAAAUUCUUUACCUCCAUCGUAAACCACGUAAAGCACCAAAACAUCUGCUAAUCUUUGUCUAAAUCACUUCGCGCGUGGCACGGACACUUUUAGCGGUGGCUCUUGCUCUCCUUCUCCAACCGCCGUCGUUUCAAGUGGAACCUCAUUUAUGCAUACACUUGUUCCAAAUGGAGGAGACCACUCCCUUUCCCUCUCAGAAAAUCCCCAAAUCGGGACCCAAGCAGCCGCCGACCAACCAUCGGAGCUCCGCCAACCCUAAACAGAGCCAUCCCGACGCCCCUGCCGCCGGCCAGGUGGCGUACCGCCUCCUGUGCCACGUCCACACUGCCGGCGGCGUGAUUGGGAACUCCGGCUCCAUUAUCAAGCAGCUGGAAACCCUAACCGGGUCCAGAAUACGGUUCGAGGAGGGCCUCCCCAACUGCCACGAGCGCGUCGUGAACAUCGUCGGCGACGCUGCGUUGGUGAGGAAGAUAUCUGUUGGCGGAGGCGAGGAAGAGAAUACAGUAAGCGUCUCGAAAGCGCAGGAGGGUUUGAUGAGGGUUUUCGAGAGGGUUUUGGAGGUGGAAGGGAACACUGGGAAAAAUGACAACGGAGAUGAUAAUGAGCAUCGCAGUAAUGGGUUGAUCGUCUGCCGGUUACUGGCUCCCACGGUUCAGAUCGGAGCGCUGAUGGGGAAAGGAGGGAAGAUUGUAGACGCCAUUAGGAAAAGUACAGGGGCCAAAAUUCGGGUUUUCAAGAAGGAGCAGAUUCCUUCUUGUGCUGCACCGGAAGAGGAGCUAAUUCAGAUUGUGGGCGGAGUUCUGGCUGUAAAGAAAGCACUGGUUGCUGUUUCUCGUCGUCUCCAGGAUAGAACCCUUAGUGAAGGAGCUCCUGGCCAUAUAUCCACUCAUGGGGCGUCACAAAAUUCGCACUCAGAUUUCAGUCUGAAAAAUAAUACUUGCACUCUGUCUAUUUCUGAUACUGCUGUUGAGCAUUGUUCGGUUGACCAUUCUUCAUCAGCAGACGUUGAAAAAUUUCUUAACUUAGAUGAUAAAACUUCCCUGAAGAAAGUUAUCUUCAGAUUUCUUUGCUCUAGUGGAAUUGCUGGUGGUGUCAUUGGAAAGGGCGCAAACAUCGUCAAGUCUUUGGAAAAAGAAACAGGAGCUUCUAUAAAGUUUGCAUCUCCAAUGUCGGGGUCAAAGGAGCGUGUUGCCAUCAUCUCUUCAUUGGAGAAUCCAAAUCCAUUGUAUUCUCCUGCACAAAUCGCUAUUGUUCGUGUUUUUGCCAGAUGCGUAGAAGUUGCCCUGGACCAGGGGGUGAUAUUGAGCUUAGGCCGUGGGGAGAGUGUAUCAGCAAGAAUUCUAGUUGCGUCGAGUCAGCUUAGCAGUAUACUGGAUGGGGAUGGAAGGCUCGCUUCGGAUAUAAGUCUUGCAUCAGGUGCUGAGAUACAACUAACUGGAGCAGAUCUUCCAGAUUCUGCUGGAGUUGAUGAUAAUGUGGUCCAGGUUUCAGGUGAUUAUGAAAAUGUUAAGAGUGCUCUAUUUCAACUUGCUGGGAGGCUUCGGGAGAAUUUCUUUUCUGGAAUGGGAUACAAAGGAGCAGGAAGCAAACAUAGUUCGUACUCAGCUAUUUCUAGCAGCAGUCCUACUGGUGGAGAGGCAGCUUUCUCGACACAAUCAGCACAAAUGUCAAGACUCUCUUGUAUUGAUGAAUUGGAUCACCUUGGAUUUGUGCACAAGUCCAACACUUCUUGGUUACCUGGAUUGCAGUGGGAACAGGCAAACAGUAUAGAGAAUCGUCCAAGACCCGUUGAUGGUUGUAAAGGCCUGGCAACUUUUCCAAGUGGGUUCAAGCAUGAAAGCAAUGUUGGAAAUGAGGGAUCAAAACAAAAGGUCGAAGUUGUGGUUCCCAGGGAAAAAUUUGGGUCUGUUUAUGGUGAGAACGGGAGCAACCUGAGUCGUUUAAGAGAGAUAUCAAGUGCUAGCGUGACAGUGAUAGAUCCGAGUCCUGGGGAAGGCAGCGGGAAGGUGGUAAUAUCCGGGACACCGGAAUGCAUUCGGAUUGCUCAGACCCUACUUCAAGCGUUCAUUUCAUUUUAGGGCAUUAUUUACAUCUGCGGUAAAUAGUGUCUUUUUUUUCCACAUCCAACACCUAUCUGUAUUUGUAGUUGAGGUUUUUUGUAUGCUAGAUUAAUAUUUAACGUGAUUUUUUGUAAAUCCUUUGUAAUGCUGGCAUAGUUUCACACUGUUGCACUUGCAGCUGUAAUUACUGUAACCAAAUAUUUUGAGUGUGGGUGAGAAUUGACAGUUCAUUCUUCUACUAAUAGGGAAAGGAAAAAAAAUGUGCAUUUUCA